AUGCCGGUCCAUCUUAACGAGGCUAUGAAAAAUAAGAAUCCAUACAAUUUCAGGGCUUCUCUCUUUAUUUCUUUUUUAGAUGAUGGACCUUAUUCAAAAGGAAGCAAAGACUCAGGUGGACUAGAUACUGCGUUGGUCUCAAGAAGGCAAAGUAUACCAGAAGAAUUUAGAGGAGUCACAAUUGUGGAGCUAAUCAAAAAAGAGGGAAGCACCCUCGGAUUAACUAUAGCUGGUGGCACAGAUAAAGAUGGAAAGCCAAGGGUCUCUAAUCUGAGGCCAGGAGGAUUGGCAGCAAGGAGCGAUCAGCUAAAUGUUGGUGAUUACAUCAAGUCAGUGAAUGGGAUUAACUUGACAAAAUUGCGACACGAUGAAAUUAUAAGUCUAUUGAAGAAUGUGGGAGAAAGAGUAAUAUUAGAAGUGGAAUAUGAACUACCACUAGCUGCCCCUGAUAAUAGUGCUGGCAUCAUUCCAAAAACCAUUGAAGUUACCCUCUACAAAGAAGGCAAUAGUUUUGGAUUUGUACUACGAGGAGGAGCCCAUGAAGACUGGCAUAAAUCCAGGCCAUUAGUACUGACUUAUGUUAGACCAGGUGGCCCAGCAGACAGGGAAGGGUCUUUGAAAAUUGGGGACCGGCUGUUGAGUGUGGACGGGAUUCCUCUUCACAGUGUGAGUCAUGCUGAUGCACUAAACAUUCUGCGUCAGUGCAACCAGGAGGCUCUGUUCCAGAUUGAGUAUGAUGUCUCCAUAAUGGAUAUGGUAGCCAAUGCGUCAGGCCCUUUGCUAGUGGAAAUUGCAAAGGCUCCGGGCUCUGCCCUGGGAAUCACAUUAUCAGUGAACACCCAUCGGAAUAAGCAAGUCAUAAUCAUUGAGAGGAUCAAGCCAGCUAGUGUGGGAGACAGAUGUGGGGCUCUGCAUGUAGGUGAUCAUAUCCUUUCCAUUGACGGGACUAGCACAGAGCAUUGCUCCUUGCUGGAGGCCAGCCAGCUGUUAGCAGCCACAUCAGAAAAUGUCAAGUUAGAGAUUCUGCCCGCUCACCACAGUAGACUUCCCCUCAAGUCUCUGGAUACAGUCAAAGUGCAGAAGAGUGAACACCACCAUUGCUGGGAUCCUUGCGUCAGCUACUGCCACACCCACCAUCCAGGACAUUGCAAGACACCUACCUGGAAUCAGACAUCCAGCCAGGACUAUUGUAAAUCUCUUGUAGCUUCCAACUUUGGAUCUCCCACCAUGAAUACAUCAGGGUUGGCCUACCAGAAUUCCAAUACUCUACCUCGAAGCAAUCAUCCCAUGAGCCCACGUGCCACAAUGAUGAGGAGAAGACAGAGGAAGAAGGAGCACAAAAGUUCAUUAUCAUUAGCUUCCAGCACUGUGGGUCCUGGUGGGCAGAUUGUUCAUACAGAAACAACAGAGGUGAUUUUAAGAGGAGACCCCUUGAACGGCUUUGGACUGCAGCUCCAGGGUGGGAUCUUUGCUACCGAAACCCUCUCUUCGCCGCCUCUCAUCCGUUUCAUUGAGCCAGACAGCCCAGCAGAAAGGUGUGGCCUUCUACAAGUUGGAGACAGAGUACUUUCCAUCAACAGCAUUGCAACUGAAGAUGGGACAAUGGAGGAAGCCAACCAGCUGUUGCGGGAUGCAGCACUUACUAAUAAAGUCGUGUUAGAGAUUGAAUUUGAUGUGGCAGAAUCUGUCAUUCCAAGCAGUGGUACCUUCCAUGUGAAACUGCCUAAGAAAAGGGGAGUGGAACUUGGGAUCACUAUCAGUUCAAGCAGAAAGUCUGGUGAGCCUUUAAUUAUCUCUGAUAUCAAGAAGGGGAGUGUAGCACAUAGGACUGGCACCUUGGAGCCCGGAGACAAGCUGUUAGCUAUUGAUAAUAUCCGACUUGACAAUUGCUCAAUGGAAGACGCAGUGCAGAUUUUAAAACAGUGUGAAGAACUUGUCAAAUUGAAGAUCAGGAAGGAUGAGGAUAACUCUGAUGAGCAAGAAACCACUGGGGCUAUCAUCUACACAGUGGAAUUGAAGAGAUAUGGUGGGCCCCUGGGAAUCACUAUUUCAGGCACGGAGGAACCUUUUGACCCCAUUGUCAUUUCAGGCUUGACAAAACGAGGACUGGCAGAAAGAACUGGAGCCAUCCACAUAGGAGAUCGGAUAUUAGCUAUCAAUAAUGUCAGCCUUAAAGGGAAGCCCCUGAGCGAAGCCAUUCAUCUGCUCCAAAUGGCUGGAGAGACAGUAACACUAAAAAUCAAAAAGCAAACCGAAAGGACUUUUCCUCAAAAAUCUGGGAAUAUGAAUGAGGUUAGUGACCUUGAGGAUGAUCUGGCUGACUCCCAGAAAACUAGCAAGCUCUCCGAGGUGUAUUCCACCACAAUCCCUAGUGUGGACAGUGCUAUGGAAUCCUGGGACGGUUCGGGUAUUGACACAGGCUAUGGAAGCCAAGUAGGUACCUACUUGCCUCAGGCUAUGGGCAUUGCGCUUCAUCCCCAUGAAUGGAGAUCCAGCAGGCAGCAAAGCAGCAGCCCUCCUGGAGACUCCAGGAAGAGCUACCCUUUUACACAGGGCAGUUUCAAUGACGAAGACUGGGAAAAGCCGAGCAGAUAUCCCACCCGCCAAAAUGGCCUUGAGAUGCCACAUGAGGAUAAUUUUUGGCGCGUUUUUGGAGAAGCUUUGGAGGACUUGGAAACAUGCGGCCAAUCUGAACUUUUGAGGGAGAUUGAGGCAUCCAUCAUGGCUGGCAGUGUACAUAAUCUGAGCCUUGAUGGGGGCAAAUUGCCCAGGAACUCUGUGAACCAGUCAGGACUGAGCCCAGCAAGGAAGAGCAACCCCAAGAGCUCAGGUGAAGUGCAGAGCAACAACAAUGUGACCCCUACUAAGAAUGACAAGGAUUUGGAGAUAAAGACGAUAAAGGAUGAGAUUCAAGAAAUCAUGUCUCCGACUCCUCUUGAGCUGCAUAAGAUGACAAUUUACAAGGAUCCCGAGACUGAAGACUUUGGGUUCAGUGUCUCUGAUGGCUUGCUAGAAAAGGGUGUCUAUGUGAAUAUGAUCCGUCCAGGUGGGCCAGCUGACCAAUGUGGACUCAAGCCUUAUGACAGAGUCCUCCAGGUGAAUUGCAUCCGUACAAGGGACUUUGAUUGCUCUCUGGCUGUUCCUCUGAUAUCUGAGGCAGGAAAUAAGUUGGACCUUGUAAUCAGUCGAAACCCCUUGGCUUUCAUUGCCAAUACUUGCCUACAGGAGCCAAGCAGCUUUCCAGACCAGCCGUCAGUUGGAGGGGAGGUGAAGACCAGCGCACAGACACUCUGAAGGACAGCUAGGCUUGGUGUCUGCUUUUCUCAAGGUUCUGUGGGAGCAAAGGAAUUAAUGGGUGUCUGUUGUGUGAUGUGUGAGAGUUUUUAUUUUGGUUGUUGUUUAUUU